AUGGAUGCCGCCCCUACGGAUGAUCGUGAUUCGGCGACAUUUUCGAUCGAGUCGACUAGAACGCAAUCCCAACCCGUCGGCAAACUUCCUUCGGCGGAUGACACCAUUCUGCCGGCUUUCCGGCGCACGGCGGUGCAGAUCGUUUCGCAAUCCUUAUCGCCCCGCCGUCAACACGAGAAAGCCACGGUUAAUAAUCAUAAUGCUGGUACGAUGCAAAUCACAAAGCUGGUGCUCAAAACACCACCUGGUAGCCCGAAACGACAACCGAAAGCACCGGGCAUCAUCAUCCAUUCGCUACAGACUUUAGCAGCGCCGGUUCUUUGCACCGGUCACGCUCAUGAUACCGGCACCGAAAUAAAUACGAAACAUUCGAUCAAGAAUCACAACGUGCUUAUGGAAAAUCGAAACAUACCAGCCACGCACGAGGACACCAUUAUCGCUCCGCCAUAUCGGAUCAUUCCGAUCGAUCCGUCGGGAGCGAAACUCCGGAAAGAGGAACGCACGACGACUUCCGAAGCACACGACUUGCUCCGGGAUAGCUUCAAGGAGAACAAAACACCGCCACCGUCGCCGGCAGUCGUAGUCACACGGCUCACUGGGUCACUGGGAAGCUCGGACUCGGAUAGCAGAAUCGCCAUCGCGGAACUGAAAACACGAGUGGCCAGACCACCAAUGAAACCUCUCCGCCCAAAGCACCCACUGCCGGCAACCAACACUCGUUCAACAGCCAACGAGUGUGCGAAAAAGAAGGAAAAAUCGUACGAUCCUGUACGGGCGCGCGAAUUCAUCCGGGAGCAACAGGCUAAACGGCGCCAAGAGAAGAAAGACCCACCAGCAUCAGCAUCAGGUGGCCUGCCAAUGACCGAAAAGGAUCUUAUCAAACAGCGACUAGAAAACUUACGAAAGAGUUCACAUACUCUGGUGAAGAAAAAUCUUCAAAAGGCACGAACACGGUCUGCUUCCUGCAUCCCGAAAGACACAAGAGAUCAAGCGCCUCCCAAACCAACCGGCAAACCACAACCCACUCAAACCGCUCCUAGACCGGCCACCGCUAAACCACCGACGAUGCGAAAGUUCUCCUCAACUCCUUCCCUACGUCUAGUAAGUGUCGGCGACGAACCAAAGGUGGGUGAAAAGAGUUCCCACAAAGCACCGACAAAGGUAAAACCGCUACCGGUUGACAAAUCGGUUCCAGAGAGCGUUCUGAAACGUUCAUCGGUUAGCAGUCAGUCCGUCACACGGGAUCCGGUACGGGUUGGGAAGCCGCGCCCCAGUUCAGCCCAAACAUCAUCAUCUUCAGUUACGCUCACAAGUCGACCGGCUACGGUGGGCCAAAAAAUUGGCAUCCUACGCAAACCGGACAAUGUGCUCCUGGAAGAUAUUCUUCCCUUCAGUCCGUUAAAAAAUCCUCAGACUCAGGCGCUUGCUCUGAUGGGACCUACCUCUAAUGCCUUUUCUAUGCGACCACGGCCUACGACGAUGGUGAACGCUAAGCUAAUUGUUAUCAACGACGAAGACAGAGAUGUCGGGAAACCGCUCAACGAGGCGGAAAAAGAACUAAAGCUCGAAGUGCCAGACGUGACGCUAGUUCCUCCGGCAGCACCGUCAUCAAUCGGAAGGGAGGAUGAAGGAAGAAAAGUUGACGCUUUGCAAGAGCACGAUCUUCACCAGUCCCAUCAUUCGAUCAAAAGUAUUCCUCCCUGGCUGAAGCAAUCACUCCGACAGCCGGACCCCUAUCCGUUCAUCGUGGCCGUACGAAAGAAGCUGGAAGCGGUGCGCAAUGUGCGGGCAGAGGAAGAGGCGAAAAAUCGGACCAUGAAGCCGUCAACCGAAAAACAGGAAGAGGUUAACGCUCGUACCAAUGCCUACUUGGAUGUAAUUCAUGGCGUACCCAGGAUCGCGCAGAAACUAACAGAAGUUAAGCCUGUUCCGAUGGUCCACAAUGAGCCGUCGCUCAUUUCGACAAACAUUUCGGGGAACGGUGAAUUUAACACAUCGUCCGAAAUCAGCUCGAUUAAGUCGGACGUUGCACUGCCACUGCCACCGUUGUUUAGUAGCACCAAGAUUGAAAUGUUUCCGGCUCGCAUCGAUCCUCCAGCAACGGUAAACGCUCCCGUGAGUCCUCUUUCGAUCGAACAGAUUGCCAGUCUGAGAGUAAUUACAACUCCGGCCGUGUCGGAUGUUUCCCGAUCGCCGCGUCGCCAGGAGAACAAACAUGUAGAAGAGCGGGUGCGCCUUAUGCCGCCACCACCACAACCUCCUGGACUUCCGGAGACAUCCGAUCGUACACAGCGCGAGCUCGACUAUCAGCGAAUGUUGGAUGCGUUCAAUCGUAGCCUUACGCACGUAAUCGAAGUCAACCAGCAACUUUAUUCAGCCCUCCAAAAGCCACCUUCACCGCAGCGGCCCGUAGCGAUGCCACAAGAAAUCCUUAAAAUUCGUGACGAAAUGACACAAACCUCAGCACCGCUGACCGUGCCGCCGUCCGGGAUCGAAGGCACAUCGGAGGCGGUACCACAAGCCCGCAAAGCACUCUCCAGUGUCAUGGCGUUUCCAUCACCGUCUGCCACGACAGCAUCGCAUUACAGUGACGAUUUCGAGCAGCAAAGCCAAACCGGAUUGGAGACGCCGAAGAAAAAGUCCCCAACAGUGUCCUCCUUUUCAUCCCCAUCGUCAUCAUCAUCAUCGUCAGAAUCGAGCUCAUCCACUUCACCCUCCGCUUCACCUACCGGUUCGGGUGAUGGGACAAGCUCAAAUCCGUCGCACAGCAGUUCGGCCACCUCUUCCCACAGUGUCACCGAUCGGCGGGAAUCGGAUUCGAAACCAACAACGGCCAAUAACAACUCGAGUGAGUUCGAUUCACGCUCGUCCGGUCACUCCGACAACAGCCACAAUAAUACGGCCAACAACAAUAUACCUACGGUGGCGGAAGAAUAUCUUCCAUCGUUCGAGGAGAGUUUGCGCCGUGGGCAAAUGUCGGGCAGUGGCCAUACCCAGGACAAGAGUGAUCGCAAUGCGAAUCACAAAAACGAAAAGGAAGGCUCUGAUUCCAAUGCCGCCGGUGCUGAGAGCAGCAUUGGGGAGGAAAUUCACUCGAUCGCCAUCGAUGGCGAGGAGCGUUCGUUCUUCUUGAACCACUCGGAAGAAGCAGUUGAACGAAAACUGAAGGAAAACUUCGUGCCGGGUGCGGCCGUUUUGAUGGAAAAACCAUCACCUCCAGGAUUCAGGAAGGCAUCGAUCGGCGAUACGACGCUCGGGAGCGAUCUGCUGGCAACGAUCUUCAACCGAACGGAUCUGGAAGUAUCGAUCCUGUCCACGACGGUAUCGGAAACGAAUCUUAGCUACUCGUCGAUCGGAUGGUACGAUCAACUGAUCCACAGCGAGCGCAGCAGAGAGGAACAUUUGAUUUCGCGUGUCCAAUCGAAGCAAAAGGCACUACUUAACCGAGCCAAGGGACAGCUGGCGUGGUUGGAGCUACAGAAGCAACGUUAUCGAGAGCGGGGCCAAACCGAACACAUUUCAGGCAUCAAAAAGAAGCAACGAGCCAUUCUGGUGCGCCUCGAGAAGGAACGUGAGGAACUGAAUCGCACGAUCUCCAAAUCGUCCGCCGAUUCAACGAACAACACGACCCUACGCUCCGGUCGAUCACCGUUAACAGCUAAGAACAUGAACAGCAAACUCAGUUCCUACUGCUCUUCGCCCCCUGCGGUCGAUUCAACUUCACUGGCCCUUCGUAAAGCAUCCAGCGGGUUGCAAUCGCAUCAUCAUCAUUCCCGCCGACUCGGAAACAGUCCGCAACGGAAGCAAAGAAUCGCGGGCACGACAACCACCAGCAAUUCGAUACACAUUGCCAUCCGUGGUAGGGAACUCGAGCCCAACGAGCGCUUGGAAGACAUUCUCCUGCGCCGAGAGGAAGAACUGCACAAGCGCAAGGAUCACGUACGGCGGCUGCUCGAGUGGCACCGGAAGCUUGAACGCGAGGAAGCAGAUCUGCUGGCCGUCGAAGAGAAACUACGCGCGUACAACGAUCGUAAGCUACUCGGAAAGGGCGCACACCACAAAAGCCACCCAACUUCAAGCGGUCCGUCGAUCGAGGCGCGAAUGCGUAGCAUUGAGAAAAGUCUGGAAACGCUGCAUAGCAUUCCAUCGGCGCAGGUGAAUCGUAACACCGGAACACCGGAUCAGCCAGAACAGGGCGAGACGGAAGAAGAAGAAGUGGUCAUGCUGGAUGGGAAAAAGUUGAACCGGUUGUGGCGUCGGUUGACGGGCUUAAAAACGCAACGGUACGAGAUCGAGCGAAGCUAUCGCGUCACUCGUUCCAUGCUGGAGGUCCUUUACGAGGAUGCAAAACGAUGGGUACUGGGGAGCCUCCGCCCGGGAGAGGAACCACGGAACGGUACCCUGCUGGACGAAUCGAACGUGACCAACAGCAGUCUUGCGACGAUCCAAGCCGAGACGAGAGCGAUCCCCUCGAUCACCAACACCAAAACGAGUGAGCCCCGGAAUAUUCCGGAAGAGUCGCUCAGAGAGGAAGAAGAGAUCCCCGCUGCGGAAGGUCCAAAGAGCGGCGAGCUUCUUUCGUCUACGGUCAAAAGCUGGUCACCGGAGAGCCGGCGAAGCACGGGAUCGGUGGAAUUUCAUACGCUCGAAGAGACGGCCUAUCAAACGGCUGAUUUCGGUUCGCAGGAGGAAUCCCCCGGGGACGAUGCAGUCGUUCAGAGUGAAAGCUACUCGACGACGUUUGAAGAGCGGUCGGUUGUUGAGGGUGAGCACACUCAACCGCUGCUCGAGGACAUGUCGUUACCGCCGGCCCUGCUGAACGCCACGGCUUCGUUUCUUAUUUCAGAGGAAGAUCAACGUGACGGUAGCGAUCGAUCGAGUAGUGUGAUGUACGAACUGCAAAGAAACAUGGCGCAAGAGGAACAUCCUGAGGUCGAGAGUGAACAGGAGCUGGUUACACAAAGUUUCCGCAGUAGUCUGAGCGAAUCGAUGGUGCAAUCGUUGGAAGAAGCCACCGGAAGCAGUGGCGGCGAAUGUGUUUCGACCGCCACGACACCUUCAACCGUCACACCUACGAUGGCCAUCGAAGCCAUCAACGAAGAAAUACUCGAACCAGAAACGGUUGAUGCGAUCGAAGAAAGGAACGAGGAUGUCGCUGAAGAGGAGCGAGAGAUACGGACAUUCCGUGAUCGAUCAUCGCCCGGCUCGUCCGCGUCGGAACUUGAGAAGCGUUUGGUCACGCUACACGAUGAGCUCGAAGAGUUGAGCGAAUCGUUCGAACGGACACCGUUGAUGCGAUCACCAACGACACCGCCGCCUCCACAACCAAUCCCGGCCCCGCCACCAACAACGUCCAAGAUUGACCAUUCUGAUGACGAUGGCGACGAUGACGAUGAUGAAACGGAUGAAGAUAGUGAAGCGACACUGUCGGAAACCUCAAAUCACCGCCAUAGCAAGGGGGAAGAUGGCACAAAUAAUGUUUUAGUGGUCAAUAAUGUGUCGAUUGAUCUCCAACCGGCCAAGAUGGAGGUCAUGAUUCGAUCGAAAACGAUGAUCCCUGAUCGUACGAUCGGGGCAGUUUCCAUCUCCGGUAGUGGCGCCAGUGUCGCCCGUGACUAUCCCCCCGCUCAUGCUCUUCUUCCCGUCAAUAGUGGGUCAUCUCUUAUUGCACCGCCUGCCGUCCGAAUGCCUGACAUCAUCAGUCAUCAUCACGAGGCGGAAGUGCUGCGUCGUCAAGAGCUUCGGAUCGAGCAGGAAAUAAAGGUGCUCGAGCAGCAGGUCGGAUUCUUUCGCGAGAUUCCCAACAAACCUCCGCCACCCUACAUUCCACCCGCCAACGGAAGUCCGCUAGCGUUACUCUUCCCUCCGGAGACACGCCUCGACGAGCUGAUCGAUGAACGGCUCGAAGAGCUGUACCAUCAGCGCUUGCCGGCCGAACAGUUAUGCUCCGAUCACGUGACGAACGUGUACGAAAAGCUUACGCUCGACAUGUGCAACGAACUGUUCCGAGACCUGAGGCCACCCGAACCGACCGUUUCUUUUCGCGCCCUGACCCACGAUAAACGCCCUCUGGCGUUCUACAACCCUCCGGAUAAACUAGGCUGUCUAAGGGAUUAUCUGCGGCGCAAGGUAAAGCGCAUUCUCAACGAGGAACAACAGCAGCAGCACCACCAUCACAGUCUGGUGCAAGCGCUGAACCCGCUGCAGUACCAGCAGCAGUGGCUCCAUCAUCUUCAGCACCACCAGCAGCACCACCACCUUCACCAUUACCAUCAGCAGCAGAUACACCAACAACAGCAACAGCAGCAGCAGCAGCUUCUGCAUCAGUGCGCCACGGUUCCGUUGGUGUACGCAAACGGUGCGUGCGCAGGGAAACGAAAGCGUGACCAGGUGGACGAGAUCCUUGCCGAGGAGAUGCACGACGACGAUGCACACUGGACGAACUUCGAUCGAGAAGAGGUCGAAGUGAAAGAUCGAAUCACGGACGAGCUGCUGAAGUCUUUGUUCGGGGAAGCACUGCGCGACAUGACCGAGGCGUACCGGUGCAAAUUACAGCGGAAAGAGGAAGCUACUUCUGCACCGAAGGAAAGUGCCAUGUAACGUGCCGUGCAUAUCGGCAAUCCAAGCCGCACACAUCUGAU